CCUCGUCCUCCUCGUCCUCCUCCUCCUCCUUCUCCUCCCGAGGAUGAAGGUGUUCCACAGUCCGGCUCGUCAUGGCUACGCUGUGGAAGCUUCUCCCUUCCUGGCGAACAGAGCAGCCUGCGCUGCCUCUCAGUUCUACGGACUCGCCGGUUGUGGUUCCCUGAUGGUUCUGGAGGAGACGGAGACGGGAGUUUCUCUAGUGAGGAGCUGGGAGUGGAGUGACGGCCUGUUCGACGUGGCGUGGAGUGAAACCAAUGAACACAUCCUUGUUGCCGGCGGUGGAGACGGCAGCCUGCAGCUGUGGGACACAGCCAAUCACAACGCUCCGCUGAGGGUGGCCAAGGAACACACACAAGAGGUGUACGCUGUAGACUGGAGUCAGACCAGAGGAGAGAACCUCAUCGUCUCUGGAUCUUGGGAUCAAACUGUGAAAGUGUGGGACCCGGCUCUCAGCCGCUCGCUCUCCACACUCCGAGGUCACGAAGGGGUCAUCUACAGCACCGUUUGGUCGCCUCACAUCCCAGGAUGCUUUGCUUCAGCCUCAGGUGACGGGACGCUCAGAGUGUGGGACCUGAAGGCCGCUGCGUGCCGAUUGGCCAUCCCAGCCCACAAGGCUGAGAUCCUCAGCUGUGAUUGGUGCAAAUAUGACCAGAACAUUGUGGCCACAGGCUCGGUCGACUGCAGCGUGUGUGUGUGGGACCUGAGGAACGUACGUCAGCCUGUCAGUCAACUGCGAGGGCACAGCUACGCCAUCCGCAGAGUCAAGUUUUCUCCGUUCAGUCCGACGGUGUUGGCGUCCUGCUCGUAUGACUUCACUGUCAGGUUCUGGGAUCACAGCAGGGAGCAGCCUCUUCUGGACACGGUGGAACAUCACUCAGAGUUUGUCUGCGGGUUAGACUUCAACCUGCACAUCCCCAACCAGGUUGUUGACUGUUCCUGGGAUGAGACGGUGAAGAUCUACACCCCCGCCUGUCUGUCUGCUGGAGGGCAGCGUACAACAUCGUAGAACUUUUAUCCAAAACUUAACCCUAACACACGUCUGGUGAGUCGUCACUACAGUGGUUUAAAAUGGAAACCAUGGAAACCAGUCCUCACAAAGGGUGGAACUACAAACACUCUGGAAACGAAAAGGAUUUGAAAUGCUUAAUAUGGAACCGUGUGUGUGUGUGUGUGUGUGUGUGUGUGUGUGUGUGUGUGUGUGUGUGUGUGUGUGUGUGUGUGUGUGUGUGUGUGUGUCAACAGAAAACAGGUUUCUCUAUUUACUAAUAAAAGAGGACAGCCUGUGAGGCAGCUGCAGUUUAAUGUGACGGGGACGAGUCUCAGUUUCUGUGUGACUCUGAUCAGCUGGUUUCUUUGGAUCAGGAACAGUUUGUUAUGUUUCAGGUCAGAUUUGCAGGUAAUGUGAAUAAAUCAUCUUUCACACGA